CAAAAUGUUGGGUCUAUGUUAUAAUGACUGAAACCACUUUAUCUGAAGAGGAGCAAUGGAGAAGGCUAGUAAGACAUUUUUUCAUUGCUGCCAUUUAUCAGGGCAGAGUAGCAUAUUGCAUAAUGUCGAUUCAUGCUGUGAAUCCUUAUAUACUAAAUUCCAUCCUAAGUUAUGACCCAUAUCCGUACCUCUGGGCAAAUAUGAUCUAUGGUAUUGCAGUCAUGAUAUUUAGUAGACCAUCACUGAGAAUAAUUGUGCCAAUUAACAGACUAUCAUUUGGAAUCUUGGGGUCUCUUAUGUUUAACCACUCCAGUAUGAUUUGUUACCACUGGCUUUCUACGGUAUUUCCUAACAGACCAUAUGUUCUUACUAUUAUGGCAUUUUUCAGUGGGAGAUUUAUGAUGAUGCAUUUAUUAGCUUUUCUUUAUCAUCUUGAUAGUAGAAGCCAUAUGUCAGGUUCAAUAGUACCAAGAGACUAUACAUUAGAAUCGAUGUACUUAUAAACAGGAGCUACAACAAAGAUGACAACAAAUUAAGUACAUUAUUUUUCGGAAAAAUAUUUUUAAUAAAAUCUUGGAAAGUAAUUGCCACGGCAUUUAUACAAUCGUGUUUAAAUAGUAAAAACUACAAUUUGUUUUUCAGUGGCUGUACGUAGAAAUUGAUAGUUUAGAGAAAAAUAUUGUAGUUAAUAAAAAGAAAAAUUUAUAACUGCAAUAAAUAAUGUUUUAGGGAUUUCUCAAAAAUCUAUUAUCAUGCCUAGGGUGAUUUGUUAACACUUCAAGCAACAAAGUUCCUGUGAUAAAUUAUUACUAUUUAUUGAGUAUGAGAAAUUAGUCCAGAGAACUUCAUUAUAUAGAGCUGCUAUAGGUACUGUUAAUAUAAUUCAGUAUAUUACAACCUUGUACAUAGUUUGAUUAAGAUACGGGUAAGAUUAAAUUUGCACAUCUAGUGUUUAUUUGCAUGAUUUAUAUUGCUUUCUGAAAAAUAAUAUUUACAAUACUUACAGAUAUCUGGGUCUGAGAAAUGUAAUCCAUUGUAUUUUUAAAAUAUUCAAUAGAUAAUUUGUAAUACCAAUUAGACAAUUAAUUUCAGAGAGAAUGUGAAAAUAAUUACAUUUUAAAAGGAGAUUAUUCUUUCUUUUCAUUAAUACUUUGUGUCUUCACUUUCAUGAACUGACUUGCCUCUUCAUCUAUGGUGUAACAGCCAUUGUUAACAAGCAUUUAAACAUGAGCGAAUACAUAUAUCAUGGAUAUGAUAUAACUUACUUAUACCUAUGUUGUUUGCAGUUAAGACAAAGUAAAUAUGAUAAAUCUUGAAGAAAAUUUUGUCAUAAACUUAAAAUAAGAUUGCUUGAAAAUAUCUAUUUGUGGCACAAUUUUAGUUUUCUCUUUAGUUGGUCAUUUUGCCACUUGUGAAAUAAAAUUAUAAAAUCACAAAGUAACCGGUUUGAUUUUCAUAUUUUUUUAAGGCAAGAGUUAUUCCAUGAGAAUAAAUGUUAACUUUACUAUAUAAAUCAA